CGCGCGCAGAAUAAAUAAACUUAAAAAAAAAAACAAAGAUGAAAGGAUUCAUCAGCCAUGCUAAAGUGCUAGGGUUUUUAUCUGUAGGCCCUGGGAACUAGCAAAGGGCCCAAAGGACAGGAACAACAUGGUCAGAUUUGUAUUCCUAUAGCUCACUUGCUGCCAAAGGGAGGAUAAUGCCUAUUCUAACCUAUCUCACAAAUGUAUUGUAAAGUUCGAGCAUAAUCCAUUCUCGAUUAUUCACGAUGAUGGGAAUGUGGGAGAAGCAUGAGCACCAAAACCCAAAAAUAGUAGAUAAGUUAAAAUUUUUAAUAAUUGAUUCCAGAGUACAUUUUUUUUUUUUUUUUGGUGCACUGAUUUAUCUUUCUAAUUACAUUUCGCUUAGGAUAAAAUUAAUUCCAUUUGUAUUCCUUUAACCUACACCAGCAGAUGGCAGGAAGAAGUAGCCCGGAUAAUUACAAUGUGGUGACAGAAGUCAUUUUGAAAUUUAAAGUUUACUAUAACUAAUUGGCAAAAUAGAAAACAAAAUACCGGUUGUGUAGUUAUUUAUCACUAUUCAUACUUUGCUUGUCUUCCUCAGUGAAGCAAAAUGUUUUCCAUCAGGAACUCUGAUAAACGCUUUAGCUUCGCCAGUUCCUUUUCCGCUCCGUUGUUCCACAUCCUGCUUUUCCUGCAUACCUUACGCCGUCCUUUAGUUGUCCCGUCCCCACUCACUAAUCCCCCAUCCACACACAUAGUUCUCCUGCCCGCUCCUCUCACAGGUUCUAGCUCCAGGAUUAGGUCUUCCUGUACCUCUCUAGACAAGCUUCUAUUCUCUCUCCAGAACUUUGCUCACCCGGGAGUAAGGAGGUCUGUGUGUGAUUGUCCAAAAAGACUAGCUGACAUCAGAUGGCAUUUUAAUUUUUAAAUGAUGUUUUUACUGUUUGACUUGUUAGCCUCUCCCAGUGCCGUCUGUACUCAGUCUUCAAUCCUGUAUUGGAGGGAUGGAAGAGGAUGUGGCCCCUUAUUGUUUCCUUCAUUCUGACCAGAUUCCUGUUUAAUAACUAGUUUACUUUUCUCCUUGGGCUACACUCGUACACAGCACUUUUGCUCUGCUCUCACCUCAUUGUAAGAUUUAUGUACAGAGGCAUCUGUCAUCCCAGCUAUUUCUAGAAGUGUCUUUUAAGGUAUAGAUCAUUCAUUCAAAAAUAUUUACUUGUGACCAUAAUGGAGUAACUAGUACCAGACUUAACCUUCCCACCAUAAACAACUAGAAAAUGGGGUAUAUAAGGGACAAGAUCUAUGAAGCAGCUGGAUAUUGGACAGCAGGCGUGUUAUCCAGAAGAGAAAGGAAACAAACAGGUUGGCAAAGAUUCUUUUGGCAAUGAUUAUAUAGAAAACUUAAAACAGAAUGAUAUUUCUACAGAAUUUACAUAUCAGACUCAAGAUGCUGCUACAGGAACUGCUUCUAUAAUUGUCAAUAAUGAAGGCCAGAAUAUCAUCAUAAUAGUGGCCGGAGCGAAUUUACUUUUGAAUACUGAAGACCUGAGGGAAGCAGCCAAGGCCAUCAGCAGAGCCAAAGUAAUGAUCUGCCAGCUAGAAGUAACUCCAGAAACUUCUUUGGAAGCCCUGACCAUGGCCCACAGCAAUGGAGUGAAAACAUUGUUCAAUCCAGCUCCUGCCAUUGCUGACCUGGAUCCUCGCUUCUACGCCCUCUCAGAUGUGUUCUGCUGCAAUGAAACUGAGGCCGAGAUCCUAACUGGCCUCACGGUCAGCAGCCCUGCAGACGCUGGGAAGGCUGCACAGGUGCUCUUGGAAAGGGGGUGCCAGGUCGUAAUCAUCACCUUAGGUGCUGAAGGCUGUGUGAUGCUGUCACAGACAGAACCUGUCCCAAAGCACAUCCCCACAGAGAAGGUCAAGGCUGUGGAUACCACGGGUGCUGGUGACAGUUUUGUGGGGGCUCUGGCCUUCUACCUGGCUUACUACCCCAAUCUGUCCUUGGAAGAAAUGCUCAAGAGAGCCAAUUUCAUCGCAGCAGUCAGCGUCCAGGCUGCAGGAACACAGUCAUCUUAUCCAUACAAAAAAGACCUGCCACUUGAUCUGUUUUGAUUGCUACUAACCCUAAAAUAAAUGUACUUGGAAAUAAAAUGUACUUGGGGGAGGGGGUGGCCACUCUUAGCUAGCAGCUUACUAUAAAAUAUCCUCUUCUCCAUUCUUUGCAAAUAUGUUCAUUUAUGAAGUCAUACUCAAGCUUUCAUUAUUUUUAAAUUAUUUUUCUAAUGUUUAUUUUUUGGGGGGAGAGAGAGAGAGAGAGAGAGAGAGAGAGUCUGAAGCAGGCUCCAGGCUCCACGAAUGGUCAGCACAGAGUAUACAAGGUCCUAUAUGAUCUAUAUCCUACACCCCUCUCCCUUCCCAUGCCAUUUCCGCCCAUUCUCCCCUCUACGUUCAUUUCACACUGGCCUCCUUACCCAACUCAAACCACUUCAGGGCCUCCGCACUUACUGUGCCCUCUGCCUAGAACACUCUUUCCCCACAAGUUGAUGUGCCUUACUCCCUCACGUGUGCAAAUGUUACUAUCAAAGGCCUCCCUUAGACACCCUUUACCUAACACCAGCAACUCCCUCUUUCUCUCCACCUGCUUCAUUGUUGUGCAUAUCAGUUAUUACCCACCUGUUUGUUCAUUUGUCUCUCCAGAACUUAAGCUCCAGAGCAGAGAAUGUUAAAUGAGGGAAGAGGGCACAAGAAAUUGGACCUCGAGCAGUUCCUAAGAAGGACAGCUGACAUUCAGUGUUAGAGUUGUCAAAGCUUCUGUUUUGCAAGAGAAGCCAGAAGUCUGGAUGUUUAUUGAAAUCUUUUCAAUGUUUAAGGGUCAGCAACUGAUUUUUUUAAAAAUGUAAACAUGGGGGAAUGCCUGGGUGGCUCAGUCGGUUAAGCGUCUGAGUCGAUUUCAGCUUAGGUCAUGGUCUCACGGUUUGUGAGUUCGAGCCCCCGCA